AUGGCGGACAAGGACAAGGAUAAACAGUACAAAUACCGCCAGGAAAUCCAGCAGCCCCCCGAGCUCAUGCUUCCUCUGCGGCGUUCGACACGCAUCCAGCGGUCACAAUCGGCGAGGCCAUCAGAAACUCCCCAGCCGUCAAGAAAACCGAAGAGGACCAGUUCAGCGAGCAAUCCCACCCCUCAGACCUCGCGAGGAAGGCCUCCUACUAGAUCCUCCGGCCCACGGCUACAGCAGGUCUCUACUCUCGAAAGCCAGCAAUCACCAUCAGACACCCCUACACGUCGUGUCUCUACAGGAAGCACUCCAAAAGGCAACAUGGAGAAAUCCGCCAACAGUUCAGGCGUGCCUUUACAGCUUGUGCCCGCAGACCCAGCCAUUCACUUGGGGGCCGCCUUGGCGGCCUCUUCCGAGCAACCACCGCAGCAUUUGGAGCCCCUCCAUUCUGGGACUCCAGUUUCGGACAGCUCCCAGGCAGUUUCAGUCUUCCAGCAUUCUUCUGGCCCUAACAUGGAGGAGGAUCCGCCACUGCCCAUACCGUCAUCUGUCUCGAUGUCCAUAAGUAGUGGGCCCGACUCUCUCCCGAGUGUCGAUGUGUCU